UUAAGAAAAGAAAAGAAAAAGAAAAAAUAUCCGUAAGUCCAUCUCCGGCGAAGGUUACACCAACGAUCAUCCAUGGCUGCCGCUGCCCUCUCCUCCACUUUCUUUCCUCCGCUUCCUUCUGUCUUCAAAACCUCAUUCUUCACCCCCAAAUCUCUCAAAACUCCCUCGGCUUCCUCCUCGAUUAACUCCCAAUUCUCACUCGAAACCCACCAGAAAAGCCCUCCCACCGCCGACACUACCACUUCCUCCGCUUCCAGACCGGAAUUCGACGGAAGUGGAGCCGCCGCUCCCACUCGAGGCGAUAGGUUUCUCGAACACCAGCAGUCCCUCGAAGCUGCGAAGUUUGUGCUCAAAGAGAACAAGAAGAAUAGGAAAAAAACGAAGGAGAAGGCGUUGAAGGUCUCGUUGGCGGUUGCCUCUUGUUAUGGAUGUGGAGCCCCGUUGCAGACCUCGGAAUUGGACGCUCCGGGAUAUGUGGACCCGGAAACCUACGAAUUAAAAAAGAAGCAUCACCAACUUAGAAGAGUUAUAUGUGGGAGGUGCCGACUUCUAUCUCAUGGUUACAUGAUAACUGCUGUGGGUGGAAAUGGAGGUUAUUCCGGGGGAAAGCAAUUCAUCGCAGCGGAGCAGCUUCGAGAACAGCUCUCUCACUUGCGUUAUGAGAAGGCUUUGAUUGUGAAGUUGGUUGAUAUAGUUGACUUCAAUGGCAGUUUUUUGGCACGUGUGCGUGAUCUUGCUGGUGCAAAUCCGAUAAUACUGGUGGUUACCAAGGUUGAUCUCCUCCCCAAGGGGACUGAUCUGAACUGCAUUGGUGAUUGGGUUGUGGAGGCUACUACAAAAAAGAAGCUCGGUGUUCUGAGCGUUCAUCUGACAAGCUCAAAGUCUUUGGUUGGAGUAGCUGGAGUUGUGGCAGAUAUUCAAAAGGAGAAAAAGGGGCGAGAUGUCUACAUUCUGGGGUCAGCCAAUGUUGGGAAGUCUGCUUUCAUCAAUGCUUUGCUGCAGAAGAUGGGUGAAAGGGAUCCGGUCGCUGCAGCAGCACAAAAAUACAGACCGAUACAAUCUGCUGUCCCUGGAACUACUUUAGGUCCAAUUCAAAUUGACGCUUUCUUAGGAGGAGGGAAAUUAUAUGAUACACCUGGAGUUCAUCUCCACCAUAGGCUAGCUGCAGUUGUUCAAUCAGAAGAUCUUCCUGCUCUGGCACCUCAAAGUCGGCUCAGGGGUCAACAUUUCCCAAUUCAUCAAUUGCCAACUGACGAUGGGAUGGGAAGCAAGGACUUAAACAGUGGGUUGAAUGGCUUUUCUAUCUUUUGGGGAGGUCUUGUGAGAGUAGAUUUAUUAAAGGUUCUACCAGAAACAUGUUUGACAUUCUAUGGUCCAAAAGGAUUGCAGAUCCACAUGGUUCCUACUGAAAAGGCAGAUGAAUUUUAUCAGGAAGAACUUGGGGAUUCACUGACACCUCCAACUGGAAAACAAACAACAGACAGCUGGAGAGGACUUGAAACCGUGCGCCGAUUAUCGAUAAAUUUUGAGGAUGAGCAAAGGCCUGCUUGUGAUGUGGCUAUAUCAGGCUUGGGAUGGAUCGCAGUUGAACGAAAAAAUCCAUUCCAAAAUACUAAUUCAGAUUUAGAAACAUCGGUCGAGGAAGUCGAGUUGGUUGUCCAUGUUCCGAAGCCAGUGGAGAUCUUUGUUAGGCCUCCCAUGCCUGUUGGGAAAGCUGGAGCAGAAUGGUAUCAGUACCGCGAUUUGACAGAAGAGGAAGAGGAAGUAAGACCAAGAUGGUUUUUUUAGAGUUUCUUAGAUACUCUAUCAUCUACCUCUCUUCAUCUCUAUAUUUUUCGGUUAAUCGUAUAUCCGGGCUGCCGCUUCCGCUGCCUAGGCGAAUGAACUGUAGAUGCAAAGAGAAUGGACAAUAUCUAAGCUACUAAUUUACAGGCUGAAGAAUGCUAUUGUAACUACAACAAUUCUGAAUUAGUCAUUCGAAGUUCGGGUGAAUAAGAUUUCUUAGCAAGUGAAAUGAAGCAUAAUGGAGAUCUUGGAGGGAAGAUCUUGAAAGAGGAACAA